AUGCUUCGACGAUCGGCGCUGGAGCUCUGCGGAGCCGCGCUGAGGCGCUCAGCGUUGGCAUCGACCCGCGGGCUCGAUCCGAACCAUGUGGGUACGGCAAGCACGUCCAUCGACGGCGUGGCGCGGAUGAUGUCGUCGCUGCUUCUCCAUUCUCGAGGAUACCGGGGCAAUGGACGGCGCAAGGACGGCGGGUACGGCACGCACGUCGAGCCCGGCACCCCGAUACCUCCCGAGGGGGUCAUGGCGCUGAAUAAUCUUAGAGAUAAUCCGCACGCAAAGUACGACAAAGUGCGAGUGGGGCGUGGCAACGGCUCGGGCAAGGGCAAGACCGCGGGCAGGGGCCACGGUGGGCAGAACUCGCGAUCGGGGGGCGGUGCACCGCUGGGAUUCGAGGGCGGGCAGACGCCUCUGGCGAGGACUUUACCCAAGAGGGGUUUCGUCAACAAACACAGGAUGGUGUUCACUCCGGUGAACCUCGGUAGGUUGCAGGAUUUCAUCGACGCCGGGCGUUUGGAUCCGUCCAAGACGCUGACGAUGAAGGAUUUCGUCGACGCGCGCCUCAUCGACCCGAGGGUGAAGAACGGGGUCAAGUUGCUCGCCAAGCUGGAGCGCGCGAGGGACGAGUUCGGCAACUUCGCGUUCGACGAGGAGGGUAACGCCUUGUACGUGCCGUUUCGUCACACCGUCAACGUCGAGGUGUCGCGGGUGAGCAGGGAGGCCAAGGAGAUCAUCGAGUCUCUCGGAGGCGGCGUGACCAGGGUCCACUACAACAAGCUGGGCUUUCGCGCGCUGCUCAAGCCUCACAAAUUUCCAGACGGGCUUCCCAGGCCCGCCAGGCCGCCCAUCGGGUUGAGGCGCCAGGUCGAUCGCGCCGGGACGCUGCCCGCGCCCGCGCCGCCGGGGUACGAGGCGCCGUUCUACUACGUCCCGACGGAGACGGAGUGGAGGCCAAACCCGAACAUCAAACCGGAGGGGGACAAGCGCAAGCCGAAGAAGCAGGUUGGGGAGGGACGGGAGGACUACAGCAACGACCCGAGCCGCAUCUUCGGGGUUCAGUGA